UUUACUGUUGUACUUUUUCAUUACAGAAUGUAUGACAAUAUGUCCACAAUGGUGUAUCUAAAGGAAGAGAAGUUGGAGAAGCUUACUCAAGAUGAAAUCAUUUCUAAGACUAAGCAGGUGAUUCAGGGUCUAGAGGCACUGAAGAAUGAACAUAACUCCAUUUUGCAGAGCUUACUUGAGACACUGAAGUGUUUGAAGAAAGAUGAUGAAACCAAUCUGGUGGAAGAAAAAUCAAACAUGAUUCGAAAGUCACUGGAAAUGUUGGAACUUGGACUUAGUGAAGCACAGGUAAUGAUGGCCUUGUCAAAUCACUUAAAUGCAGUGGAAUCAGAGAAGCAGAAAUUGCGUGCUCAGGUUCGCCGCCUAUGCCAGGAAAAUCAGUGGCUGCGAGAUGAACUAGCUAGUACCCAACAGAAAUUACAGAAGAGUGAACAGUCUGUGGCUCAGCUGGAAGAAGAAAAGAAACACUUGGAAUUCAUGAAUCAAUUAAAAAAAUAUGAUGAUGAUAUUUCUCCAUCAGAAGACAAAGACACAGAUUCUACCAAAGAACCUCUGGAUGACCUUUUCCCCAAUGAUGAAGAUGACCAAGGACAAGGAAUCCAGCAGCAGCAUAGCAGUGCGGCAGCAGCUGCUCAGCAAGGUGGCUACGAAAUUCCGGCAAGAUUGAGGACUCUUCAUAAUUUGGUUAUUCAGUAUGCUUCCCAAGGUAGAUAUGAGGUAGCUGUACCUCUCUGUAAACAAGCACUUGAAGAUCUGGAGAAGACUUCAGGUCAUGACCAUCCUGAUGUUGCCACUAUGCUAAACAUACUUGCUUUGGUAUACAGGGACCAGAACAAAUACAAAGAUGCAGCAAACCUUCUUAAUGAUGCUUUGGCUAUUCGUGAAAAGACUUUGGGCAAAGAUCAUCCAGCGGUGGCAGCUACUCUAAACAAUCUUGCUGUACUUUAUGGUAAACGAGGAAAGUAUAAGGAGGCAGAACCUUUGUGUAAGAGAGCUUUGGAGAUCCGAGAAAAGGUCCUGGGGAAAGAUCACCCAGAUGUUGCCAAACAGUUAAAUAACCUGGCCUUAUUGUGUCAGAACCAGGGUAAAUAUGAAGAGGUGGAGUACUACUAUCAAAGAGCACUUGAGAUUUACCAAACUAAGCUAGGACCAGAUGACCCAAAUGUGGCAAAAACAAAGAAUAAUCUGGCAUCCUGCUAUCUAAAACAGGGAAAAUUUAAGCAAGCAGAAACUUUAUACAAAGAGAUUCUUACUCGUGCACAUGAAAGGGAAUUUGGCUCUGUAGAUGAUGAAAACAAACCCAUUUGGAUGCAUGCUGAGGAGAGAGAAGAAUGCAAAGGAAAGCAAAAAGAUGGCUCUUUUGGAGAGUAUGGUGGUUGGUACAAGGCUUGCAAAGUUGAUAGUCCAACCGUAACAACUACCUUAAAGAACCUAGGAGCACUUUACAAGCGUCAAGGCAAGUUUGAAGCUGCUGAAACAUUAGAAGAGGCAGCAAUGAGGUCCCGUAAGCAGGGUCUUGACAAUGUUCACAAACAGAGAGUUGCCGAAGUACUAAAUGACCCUGAGAGCACAGAAAAAAGGCGAAGCCGAGAGAGUCUCAAUGUUGAUGUGGUAAAGUACGAAAGUGGCCCUGAUGGAGGGGAGGAAGUGAGUAUGAGCGUAGAAUGGAAUGGGGAUGGCACUGGAUCUUUAAAACGCAGUGGUUCCUUUAGCAAACUCCGUGCUUCAAUUAGACGCAGCAGUGAGAAGCUGGUUAGAAAGCUGAAGGGAGGAAAUUCACGAGACAGUGAACCAAAGAAUCCUGGCAUGAAGCGUGCCAGUUCUCUGAAUGUUCUUAACAUGGGUGGCAAGGCUACUGAAGAUCACUUUCAAGAACGAAAUAAUUGUCUGACAGAAUCAAGAGCUCUGAGUGCCAGUCACACUAAUUUGGCACAUUGAAGUUCUUGGACAAAAACUAGCUAAAAUUCCUUUGUGAAUAAAGAAGCACUGAGACUCUCAAAGCUUUGGUUCCUUAUCACUCUCUAUAGGAACAUCUAAUUUGUAGAUUACAUUUUGUAAUGGACUGCUGUUUUUACUAUUCUAAAAUAGUGACAUUUUAAAACAUAGUGGAUAUUUUCUUUGCAAGAGAAACAAUAUAGAUGUAUAUUACUCAUUGCACUGCUGUCAUUCGUGCUACUUAUGUUGAUGUCUGUUAACAGAUCUGAAUAUCAGCAGCUGAAACGUGAAAAAAUAGAAAUAUACAUAAACAUACCAAAAUGCGAAGGAGAAGAAAGGGUUCUUUAUAUUGAUAUUUGAAACAGGUUAAAUGAAAUGUGUAGCAGAAAGUAUAUGCAGUGCUUGAAUGAGACAAAUAUCUGUUAUGUCAUCACUGUAUAAAUUCACAAUGGGGUUUACUGUACUGGUGUGACAUUACCUUGCAUCACUGUGUCUCACAACUUCAGAUGUCUUGCCUUAAAAGUAGAGCUUAAAUACUGGAUUCCUUAAUCACUAGAUGUAGAUACUAAAUUUCGUAAUGGAAACACUUAGACUGCCUUUAACUAUAGGUGGCAUGCAUACCAACACCGAUAACUAUGAAACUUUGUAUCUUGUUUAUUUAGGCCCAGUAAUAAGUAGUGAUUGAUUUGGGGGAAAUGGCAAACGUUUUGGCCCGUAUUUUUUUUCAGCGGAUGUACAUUGAAGCUUUGGGGUACAACAGCCCCAGAGCAGUAGCUGCUGUUUUACUAGAGCAAAACAUUGUGCCUCAGGUUUCUGACACAUCUCCAUUGUUUAUUCUUGCUUGCUCCAACUCUUGCCUCUCUCCAUAGUAGUUAACUGCAACAGGAGUAAAUGAAGCGGGUGACUCCAUUCUAGGCUGGUAUACUGUGGAAUAGCUGCUGUGCAGAGGACCGCUUAUGAGAAACUCUACUGAAGUUUAAUAAGUUUAAGGCCCCAUUAGAAGCACUAGGUGCCCUUAUUUGGUAGACAGGUCACAUUUCUGAUCAGCCUUCCUUUUUAAAUCUAUAUAUGAUUAAUAGAUAUUCUGUCUGUAUUGAGGCCUGCUGCUUGAACUAAAUAUAUGAUGUUUGAAUAUCUUGUGAAUGCUAAUAUUUUCAGUAAAAUGAGACUUUUAAAAUACUACACUUAACAAUUUGUAGACAGGAUUUAUAUGCAAGUGGAAAGAAAGUAAAAAUGCAUGUUUUUAAAUGGUUAUGUAAUUAAAAUACAGAACAAAAAUAACUUUGGGAUGAGCUGGAAUACUAAUAUGAGCUUAGACUUGCACAUAUUGAGGUAGGAUAAAGGAAGGUGAACAAUAAGUUUUGGUAUUUGAUCAGGCUGUGAAGAACUCAUUAGACCUAAAACUUUUAUAAAUGCGUGUCCCACUUGCAUUCUAGUUUUAAAGCUUAUUUUAAUGACAAAUGAAAUAAGUUAUAUGUAUAAUGCACUUAUGUUUACUAUGAGGUACUUCAUUAGCAUCUCUAUAAAAAAGAAAUAAUUAUAUAUGGUAUAUUUGCCAUAAAAAUAGUCCAGAAAUUGAGACUUGAUGCUGCUUAUGUAUUGUGGUUUUAGUGCAUACUAGUGUAAUUAAUUGAACUUGAGAAUAAAAUCUGAACAACAAUUUGUUUAGAAGCUUCAGAGGGCUAGCUAGCUGAGUUAGUCUGUAACAGGAAAAACUUAAACAACAAUUAGGCUAGUAGCACUUUAAAGACUAACA